CACAAAACUCUAGUGCUUGUAUUCUGGUGACCGAAUAGAAGGCGGUAAGGGGGAGGAGAUCCUUCUGCCUCUUUUUUUUUCUCUUCUUAGGGCGCGGUGAGGAAGCGAUUGCUGCUGGGUUGUUUGUAUUCUGAUAAGGCUGUGAGGUGAGCUUGUGAAUUGAAGAGAAAUGGCAUCUUCAGAUGAUGAGGGUGAGACUCUGCCAGGGUCUGUCUCAAAUUACCAUUUUGUAGAUGACAAAGGUGAACCCAUAUCAUUUUCGGUUCUGCCUAUUCAAUGGAGCAAGGGUGACAACCUGGAUAGCAAGAAGGAACCUAUUUUCUUGGAUGGUAAUGCUGACAAUGGGCUACAGAAGAUUUAUAAGCAGGUCAUUGCAUGGAAGUUUGAUCUUUCCGAUCUGAAUCCUGAAAUAUCAGUGCUCUCCAAGGAAAAUAACUGGAUCAAGCUUCAAAAGCCAAGGAAGAGCUUUGAGGAUAUUAUCAGGUCUAUCUUGAUAACUGUGUGGUGUCUUCAUUCUAUGAAGAAAAAUCCUGAAACAUCUGGGAAAUCAUUAUGGGAUCACUUGUCUAGAGUUUUCAGCUUGUACGAUGUCAGACCUUCUGAGAAUGAUUUGGUGGAUCAUACCACUUUAAUCGGUGAAGCUGUUAAAAGGGAUGAGGGCUUAGCAAAAUCCAAGUUUUUGCUUACAUUUCUUGAGGAGAAGCCCAGGAAGAGGAAAUCUUUUGAGCAGGAUGUUCCAACUACAUCUAAGCCUGGGUUUAUAGUUGAUUAUAUGGAUGAAGAUGGAAUAAGUGAAACCGGAGAAGUUGGUUCUGAUGAAGAGGAGGACCUGUUUGAUUCUGUGUGUUCGAUGUGUGAUAAUGGUGGUGAUCUUUUGUGCUGCGAAGGGAGAUGUAUGAGGUCAUUUCAUGCAACUAAAGAAGCUGGAGAGGAAUCACUCUGUGCUACACUUGGAAUGUCUGUGGCUCAAGUAGAAGCCAUGCAGAAUUUUUAUUGUAAAAACUGUAAAUACAAGCAGCACCAGUGUUUCUCUUGUGGGAAGCUUGGCUCUUCUGACAAAUCUUCAGGCGCUGAGGUCUUUCUCUGUGCUAAUGCAACCUGUGGACGAUUUUAUCAUCCACAAUGCGUUGCAAAACUGCUUCACCGGGAGGAUGAAGCUGCAGCAGAAGAGCUUCAGAAAAAUAUUUAUGCAGGGGAAUUAUUUGCUUGCCCUAUUCAUAGAUGCCAUGUCUGUAAACAAGGAGAAGAUAAAAAGGAUCUGGAGUUGCAGUUUGCUAUAUGUAGACGUUGUCCCAAGUCAUAUCAUAGGAAAUGCCUGCCUAGGAAAAUUUCUUUUGAAGACUUGGAUGAAGAAGGAAUCAUACAGAGGGCUUGGGAUGGCCUAUUGCCCAACCGUAUUUUAAUAUAUUGCUUAAAACAUGAGAUUGAUGAACUACUUGGGACCCCUAUAAGAGAUCACAUAAAAUUCCCUAAUGAUGAAGAAAAAAUGGAAAAACGAAGAUCGGAGUUGUUCUCAAGCAGAAAGGACUUGGACAAGGUUGUGUCAAAGAAGAGAAGUCUGGUCUCAGAAGACUCCCCACGUGAAAGAAUGGCUGUCAAGGCAACGAAACGGGUUGAGAAGUCGUCUUCUACUGUGAAAGAUGGUGAUUCUACCAAAAAAAGUGAGAAAAGAUCAUCUGGACCAGAUCCUUCAAAGAGACUCAAAGUAACCGGUUUCUCCAAAAAAUCAUUGGAUGACAAUGUAAAAUCCAUUUCAAAGAAAGUGGAUAAGUCAUCCAUGGCUGAUGAAAACAAGACAUCCUUGGGAGAACAGUUAUAUGCCCUAAUCAAGAAUAGGUCUGAGCCUAGGAAGGAGGAUACACCUAAUAGUGAACUGGAACAAAAGGUUGUCACAAAGAUAACGAGCAGUUCAUUGCCUUCAUUAGAUCGGGAUUCAGAGAAUAGAAUAUUGGCCAUAAUUAAGGAGUCCAAGUCUUUAAUAACUUUGGAAGAUGUCAUGAAAAAGCACAAAGUGCCAUCUACCCAUGCAUACUCGUCAAAAAAUACAGUUGACAGGACUAUUACACAGGGAAAGGUGGAGGGCUCUAUUGAGGCUCUUCGAGCAGCUUUAAAGAAGCUAGAAGGAGGGGGCAGUAUUGAAGAUGCAAAAGCUGUUUGUGAGCCAGAGGUUUUGAACCAGAUAGUUAAGUGGAAGAACAAGCUUAAAGUUUAUCUUGCACCUUUUCUCCAUGGCAUGCGGUAUACUUCUUUUGGUCGCCACUUCACAAAAGUGGACAAGCUUAAAGAGAUUGUUGAGAAGCUCCAUUAUUAUGUAAAAAAUGGUGACACAAUAGUCGACUUUUGCUGCGGUGCUAAUGAUUUCAGUUGCCUGAUGAAACAAAAGCUUGAGGAGAUGGGGAAGAAGUGCUCAUACAAAAAUUAUGAUGUUAUUCAACCCAAGAAUGAUUUUAACUUUGAGAAGAGGGAUUGGAUGAGUGUUAAACAGAAGGAAUUACCUACAGGGUCACAAUUGAUCAUGGGGCUAAAUCCUCCCUUUGGAGUUAAAGCGUCUCUGGCAAACAUGUUUAUUAAUAAAGCUCUUCAGUUUAAACCAAAACUCCUUAUUCUUAUUGUUCCCCCAGAAACGGAAAGGCUAGAUAAAAAGAGACCACCAUAUGAUCUGAUCUGGGAGGAUGAUAAUGAACUCUCAGGCAAGUCGUUUUAUUUGCCUGGAUCUGUUGAUGUAAAUGACAAACAAAUCGAGCAAUGGAAUGUGAACCCACCAUUACUCUACCUUUGGAGCCGGCAAGAUUGGACUGCUAAACACAGGGCCAUUGCUCAAAAGUGUGGCCAUGUUUCCAGGCGACGCAGAGUGUCACAUUUGGAAAAAAUUCAGAAUGAAGAGCCAGUCCUUGAUCAUCCAAUGGAGGAUCAGACUCAUUCUGGUCAUGUCUCCAUGAUGCCGGAUGAGCAUUCAGUGGAAAAUCAUGAACUUGAACACGAAGAAAGAAGAGAAAUUGUGACUGCAGGUCGUGUAGAAAGUUCUCCUCACAGUGGUGUUGACAGAGAAGACCAUGGGAAGAAGCUUCUCAAUGAGAACUCAAAACAGAGGCAUGGUAAAGGGAAGCAUGAAAAAAGAACAGAGAAUAUAUCAGAUGACAAACAGAUAAUGACACCUGUGAGUGAGACGUGCAAGGGAACUUCUUGCACUUCCUCACCUCGUGCAAGUGAUGCCAGGUCCACAGUGGACAUUCACCAACCUGAAGCCCUCAGAAGUCCUCACUUGUGGAGGUUGGCGAGGAAGUUUAUCCACAUUUCCAGCCUGGUGUUCCUGAUUCAAGUUUACAGAGAACAGGAUAUGGUGGGUCUCAUGCUAGCAUUCCAGAGGACAUGGCAAGGAGGUACAGGCUGGACAGUGAAGAACCUUUUUCUAGUACGAUCCACAGAUGGUCAACUGGUGUUAGUCCUGGCCUUGAUUAUGGAAUUAGGAACUCAGAGGAACCAUUUACCAGUUACAUGAGAGGCAGCAUUGACAACCUUGGUUAUAGGCAUAGCAUCCGAGACAGAGAUGAGUAUGGAAGGAAUGCAGAUAUACGAUCACAAGUUCAAUCUUAUGGGCUACAUGAUCCCAUUGGUAUGUCUCAGAGGAGCAACUAUUUAGCUGGUCAGGAUCCCCGGUUUGGCCAAAUGGGUUCAUUUCCAUCUACUUAUGGGCAUCCAGGUUCAGGAGCGGAGUCAUCUUACAGUAGGAUGAACACAUCAGCAAUGCAGCGAUAUGCACCUCAACUCGAUGAAUUAAACCACACAAGGAUGAAUUCUUUUGGAUAUGAACGGCCCAUGCCAAUUAGAAAUAACAUCUAUGAUCCUCUUGCACCCCCCCGACCUGGAUUCCAAGCUGAUUCAAUGGGCUUUGCUCCGGGCCUUCAUCACCCAUUUUCAAAGCAAAACUCAUCUGGUUGGCUCAAUGAGUAGAUAGGCCACCAUAUUUCUUUUAAAGAUUCCGUUUUUUGACCAUUAAUGUUGUAGGAUGUUGAAAGGUAUGCUCUACUGUUUGAUGCUGGUUAGAGCUUUGGAUUCCUGUUAUAUGUAGCUGUGCAGAGUGGUACUAUGACACUAUCCUUAAGUUAUAGAAUUUAAAAAUGCUUCUUAUCUAUAA